AUGCUAAACGAAAAUCGGACAACAUAUUCUCGUUCAGAAAAUUCAACAUCCCAGUACUUUUAUGAAGCAAUUGAUGUUUCUGUGAAAACAUCCGGUUUUUACAUAUUCAUCAGUGAAAGUAAUAUGGAUACUUAUGGUGCUCUUUAUAAUGGAUAUUUCUAUCCAACAUACCCCUCGUUCAACUUAUUUCAAGAAAAUGACGAUGGUGCAGGCAGUGGACAAUUUUACAUCACAGCUUAUCUUGAGUCGAAUGUUAAAUACAUCUUAGUAGCAACGACAUUCGGUGAGCUUGUUACUGGCCAAUUUUCAAUAAUUGCAACUGGCCCAGAUAAUGUUAAAUUUCUGCCAAAUUAA